AUGUCAAGAUAAAUAAUAAUUGAUACAAUUAGAGGAAAAUAUCUGAUUGAAAUAUAAUUUCAAUCCGAAGAGUGCGGUUAAAUUUUGAUUAAAUAUGUCAUAAUUAAUUUUUGAUGUUGAUAUGAUAUUGAUUAAUUUACAUAGUAAUUAGUAUUAACACAUAGAAGAAAUUAUAAUUGCUUUACAUUAAAUUAGAAGUUAAUCAAUUAUAUAUACUAAUUAAGUCGUCAUUAGGAUGGAUAUCUUUUAAUUAAAUUUCGGGGAAGAAUAGAGACUUGACCUAUUUAAUGAUUUCUCUCUGUCGCUCUAUUCCAGGAUUCCACAUUUAUACGUUGAACGAAAGCGCGCACACAGAAAGGGAGGAGGACGAAAUCUUGACAGUGAAAUACGAGGAUGGCAGAUGGUCGAAACCGUAUUACGACUGCGGAGGUGGCAAUAUCUGGAUGCUGACCUACACCGUACCUUUCUUCGGAUACAUCAACGAUACGUAUUUCUUCAAGGGUACCAGCGGUAUCGACAUAGACCUCCGCCGAGUAGACAUAGAUCAGUGCCCGUUGCCGGCUGGAUCCACGCAGCUGAACAUAUUCGCCGCCAGCGACAAGUGCAAAAAGCGCACCACCGAGUGCAUCGCCAUUCCCGGGCUUGGCUUCCGCCGCGGUAGUUAUCGAUGCGUUUGCAAACGAGGCUUCUACUACCCGGACACGAAAUCGGACAAGAGGUACUACAAUGGCACGGUCAUUGAGGAAGAGUACGAGAGAUUGAUGAUGGGUGAAAAAAACCAAUAUGCCGAGAGCGGGGUGUUUGAAUGUCUGCCGUGCGCCGAGGGGUGCGAGUCCUGCGAGGAUGGCUCGCCCUGCGUCGUAUCCCUGAACUGGCUGAUGCGAACGGCGAUACUUAUCCUGGAGUGCUGCAUCAUCGCUUGCCUGCCAGCCGUCGCUCUUUUCACAUGGAAAUACGGGCAUGUGAAGGUGGUACGAGCGGCCAGCCCGGUUUUGUUGCGCGUGAUUGUCCUGGGCGCCUUCUUCAUAUACUGCACGACUAUAGUUAUGUAUCCCAGGCCAAAUAUCAUCACGUGCACCGUGCGCGUAUGGCUACGAGAAAUUGGCUUUUCUCUCACAUACGGGGCACUCAUGCUCAAAACGUGGCGGAUAUCCGUGAUCUUCCGAGUGAAAUCGGCGAAGGCCGUGAAAAUAACGGACGCGAGCCUGCUGAAGCGGCUCGGCAUCAUCGUCCUAACGUUCAGCGUGUUCCUUAGCAUAAGAACACUGGUCGCACCGCCCGUCGUGAUCGUCGCGCGGACCGCCGACGAUCUCAAAGCGUAUCUCUGCCGAACUGACUGGUGGGACCACAGCUUCACUACUCUCGAGGUGAUGUUUCUCGUGUGGGGCAUCCGGUUGUGCAUCGUAGUAAGAAAGACUCCGUCGGAGUUUAAUGAGAGUCGAUUCAUUUCAAUGGCGAUUUACAACGAAUUUCUACUAUCAGUCUUCCUCAACGUUUCAAUGUUGUUCCUGCAAUCGCCGGCCAAUCCGGAUUUAUUGUACAUCAUAUUUUUCUGCCAUACCCAGCUUACCGUCACAUUGCUGCUCUGUCUGAUAUUCGGCAGUAAAGCUUAUGUGGUGUUCCGCGACGGAGGGAAAGAGGAGGCGAUCGGCAAACUUUGCGGCGCGACCGGCAAGUUCCUGGGGAAAAGCAGUCGUCCGCAGGGUACUAGUAACCAGACCAACUCGAUAUCGCUUCAGCAGGGUAAUUUCGCCGAAGAAAGCGACUCUGUCACGUAUUUCAGAUAUAAGAUAGGGGUAGCAAGAGAAACUUCUUUUCAGGAGGAAUUCCGCCGUUUGCUCAACCAAUUAGAGAUCCUGAAGGAGAAGAACAUAUUAUUAGGAAAUCAGGAGCUCUCCAGCAAGCUGGCAGCCAUGCUGGAUGCUUCCAAUCGAGUCGAGGCUCAAGUAUCCACUAUUCAAGCCAUUUCGACUAGCAUCGUUCAGUUGAAUGAUCUCAAUAAAUCGACGAAGGAAACUAAUCUCGGACAAGCUUGUCAGGAACAGACCCGGGCAGGAAACGGUUCUCAGAGCGAAAAUCAAUGUCGCGCAUGUAUUGAGAAAAACGGGCUCGGAGGAAAGGAUACGCGGGAUACGUCGAAGGAUAAUGAGACAUCGGAGCCGAGGAAAAUCGGAAAAGACAUCGCCGUGUCAACCUCCUCGAAGCACGCUGUUGAGGACGUCGGCAGGGAAGUGUGUCAUGGCAAGGAUGGCAAAGAAGCUGAUUUAAAAGACAAAUCCAGGAGCAAAUCCGGUCACGCUAGAACACACGCCAUAGUCAUCAACCUCGAUGACAAGAGCAGAUUUUCCGAGGAAGUUACCGUAUAACGUUAUUUUUAAGUAAAAAAUAAACACAGUUAAAAUAAACACAGUUUUCCGACAUUUCUAAUUAAUUAACAAUGUUCUAAUUAAUUGACGAUUCUUUCGUGAGUAAAAUAUUAUUUAUCGUUGAAAAUUCGUUGAAAAUUAUAAUUAUCAAUUAACAUAUUUUCGAAAAAGUUGACAUUUCCUAACAACAAUCAAUUAAUACGAAAUUCCAUAAAAUAAAAUUAAUGACAACAUUUUUGCGCGUCAUUAAUAAUAAUAAUUGAUUCUAUGAAAAAAAAUGAAAAAAAUUCUAGUUCGUUUGAAUUCAUAAAUUUAUACCAUGAAUAAUUUAAACCGACACUUGAAAGGAGUUUUUCAGAAUUAAUAAGAUCGAUUAAUCUCUCGAUUGUCGAGCGUAAUAAUAAUUCCAAUGACAAGUUGGAAAUUUUAAAUGUCGAAGAAUGUCUGAAAGAUCGUUAGAAUGAUUUGCUGAAACGAUGAUUGAUCUGAAUGAAAGUUAAUUAAGCGACCGUUUAGUCAUCGUGAAUAAUAAUCGUUCGCAUGUUAAUGACAGACUCGCGGCACAUAUCGAUUUUUCAUAUUUUGGUGUAUAUCAAAUAUCCGUGGAGUAACAAAAAAAAAUUAAAACGUUAGAUUAAUCUCGUCGUUUGGCAUUUUCGAUCGAGACCGAUCGUAUUUUAGUGCGUCAUUAAUGGACCGUUCAUUAACCCUUAGGGAGUAAUCCGCCCUUUCCAGCAGCAAAUCGAUUACUCGGGCUUUCCAAGAUCAAAAUGUGCUUCGUCAGCGUGUUCGCGGAUCACAAGAUAGCCUGUACCUGUAAUUAUGUAUUAAUGUAAAAGCAAGUUAAAGGGAUAAGACUCAUUAACCCUUUCCAGCUCCCCGACGGCGCACGAUAUUAUGAAAAUUAUACGAUCGUUUUAAUUAAUUUCUUAAGAACGUGUUAAAUAUAUAAAAAUAAAUGUAAUAUAAUAUAUUGUGUUACGUAAUUAUAAUAUAAUUACGUAGGGUAAAAUAAUACGGAUGUGCAUUAAAUCAUAUCGCAUGAUGUUACAUUAUACUGUAUAAUAUUUGUCAACGAUAUUCUAUUGUAUUAUAAUAUAAUCCGAGAUUAUAAUUAAAAAAUAUAUAAAUGUAAGUAUAAAUUUAUCUAGAAAAA